AUGUGCAACUCAGAUCAAUUCGUUAGCUCAAUAGAUCCAUUACAUCCAGCUAAUUUGAUUCCCCAACUAUGUGAGAACAUGUAUCGUCAAGGCUGGGUCACUGGAACCGGUGGCGGUAUUUCUAUCAGAGACAAUAACGUAGCAUACGUUGCACCAUCAGGUGUACAGAAGGAGCGCAUAAACCCAGAAGAUAUGUUCGUUUUAACAGUAAAUGAUCGUAGCGUGGUUAGAGCACCUGGAAGAGGUUUGAAAGAGUCUGCUUGUACACCACUCUUCUUCAAUGCCUUCAGCAUUCGUGGUGCACUUAGUUGCAUCCACACUCACUCACAAAAUACUGUUAUGGCUACACUCCUUUGGGGUAAAGAAUUCAGAAUCUCUCAUCAAGAGAUGAUCAAGGGCGUUCGCAAAGGUGGUAUGUCAGAUGCCUUGACUUACUUGGACACCCUUGUCGUACCGAUCAUCGAGAACACACCAAAUGAAGAAGACUUGAUGGAGGGAAUGGCUGAGGCUAUGCACAAGUAUCCAAAUGCGCCUGGUGUCCUUGUGAGGAGGCAUGGUAUUUAUGUUUGGGGCCCUACCUGGGAAAAAGCUAAAGCACAAACCGAAUGUAUUGACUAUCUCUGCGAGCUAGGCGUUAAGAUGCGUCUUGCUGGAAUGAGAACUGUUCCAGAUGACGGUGAAGCUGUUAUUCCAUGA